AUGACAGUGGCGGGCAACGAGGAAAGAUUUAGCCAAAUGAUUGGAGAAGUGCAUCAGCUCUUGCGGCAGGUGGAGGCCAAGCUCAGCGCGCUGGGCGUCACGGAGGUCCUGCUGACGCUGCCCAAGCAUGCAGCUGGGCGCUAUGCCUUCUUUGCGAAGCGAGCCAGCUGGGCCGAGGUGCCGAGCCUCCGCGACUUGAGUCCAGCCUUGCCCUGUCUCAUGGAGAUCCGAAAGAUCCUGAAAGAAGUACCCAAGCUCCUGAGCAUCACCACCAUGUUUGUCCUGUUUCUUCUAUCCCGGAUGCAGAUCCUGCUUCUCUCCUCCCUCAGAGGAUCAGAGGAGAGACAGACAAAGAGCGAGUCCUUGCGACAGGUCACUUCUGUGGAUCCCAUCUCCGAAGUCUUCCUCACCAGCAACGACAAGGCCAAGGUCGUCCACGUGCGCAGCCCGGCAGACGUACGGCUGCGGGUGUGGGACGUACCGCCACGCAGGGCCGGUGUGGCCGGAGGCAUUGUUUGGGCAGAUGGAGUGAACAAAAGGGAUGAAGCGAGCUCGGUGUCACACAGCCGAAUCGGAUUUCACCCGGUCAGCAACAGCUGGGCUUCGCGCUUGGAGGAGUUGUUGUUGGCAGCAGUGCAUGAGAUGGACUGUGCAAAGCUGAGUCCAAAGGCGUCGGGCAGCGAAGGACGCUUGUUCCUGAACCUCACCGCCCUGGCGGAGAUCGCGGCCAUGGAUUUGUUCCGCCUGUUGGAGUCCUUCCUGGGCGAGUUCGUUGCCCGGCACGGCGCGGUGCUGCAGUCGCUCUGGGUGGACGAGAUCACCUUGAAGGUGCGAUUAGGCUCGGAGACCGAUGGCUGCCAAGGGGUGGUGCGCUUUUCAGCCACCAGCGGAGCUGGCGAGUACAUGAAGUGCAAGGCGAUGUGGGAGGAGGUGGACCCCCUCAGCGGCUUGCCACUCCAGUGGCAGGACCUCACGACGGGCCAAGAAGUCGUGGACCUCACGACGGGCGCAGCCGAGGCCGCGACGCUGCGGAGGCGGCAGGCGGCGCGGCGUGCCGGGUCGACGUAUGCGCCGGAGUUCUUGGGACUCUUGGAGGCCGCUUUGGUGAAAGCCUGGGCGGCCUUUGCGCGCAGCGCGGCCGACCUCGGCGCGGAGCGCAGCGCUCCGACCGCGGCAAGGACGGCGCCGAAGGAACUCUUGCGGGCGACGGAGCUGGUGCUGAACGAAGCUAACGAGAAGGAACAGCGAAAGGCUGGCAGCAACGAGAUCGGCAUGUUGGCUUGGCGCUUGCUGUUGAGGACACCAGAGUUUCCGGAGGGCCGAUCGGUGGUGCUGAUUGCCAAUGAUGUGACUCAUCAGGCAGGGUCCUUUGGAGUGCAGGAGGAUCACUUCUUCAAGAAGGCCACAGAAUAUGCACGCCAGCGUGGCUUGCCCAGAGUCUACAUCGCUUGCAACAGUGGUGCACGGGUGGGCCUGGUCGAGGAGAUCAUGCCUAAGCUGCGCGUUCAAUGGACCGAUGCGGCCGAUCCCUCCAAAGGUUUCGACUACCUCUACUUGACGGAGGAGGACUACAACAGCUUGCCGACGGGCGCAGUGGUUGCGAAAUCGGUGCCGGGCGUUGGAUAUGCCUUGGAGGCUGUGGUUGGGCACGGAUUGAAAUCCAUCGAGGGUGGUAUUGGUGUUGAGAACCUGCAGGGCAGCGGCUUGAUCGCUGGAGAGACCUCCCGAGCAUACAAUGACAUCUUCACCUUGUCCUACGUCACGGGCCGCAGCGUGGGCAUCGGUGCAUACUUGAACCGCCUGGGGCAGCGAGUCAUCCAAUCAGUAGAUGGACCACUGGUGCUCACAGGAUAUGGUGCCUUGAACAAGCUGCUGGGGAAGAGUGUCUACUUUUCUCAAGACCAACUGGGUGGUCCGCAGAUCAUGAUGCCCAACGGCAUCACCCAUCAGCUCGUGCAGAACGACCAGGAGGGAGCUGAUGCGAUCAUCCAGUGGCUCUCCUAUGUCCCUCGAGAUACCUGGUCCAUGGUCCAGUCCAUCCCCUCCGUCGACCCACCUGAGCGCUCGGUGGACUUCCGCCCGGAGCGCUCCGUGCCCUACGACCCGCGGCACAUGCUGGCGGGCACCGCGCGCGACGGCCAGUGGCUCUCCGGCUUCUUCGAUCGAGGCAGCUUCGUGGAGUACAUGGCGGGCUGGGGCCGCAGCGUCAUCGUGGGCCGCGCACGCUUGGGUGGAAUCCCCAUGGGCGUCAUUGCAGUGGAGACCAGGACCGCCGCGAACGUGGAGCGGAAGAUUCCAGCCGACCCUGGGAACCCCUCCAGUCGCGAGAUCAUUGAGCCACAAGCAGGGCAGGUGUGGUUUCCAGACAGUGCGUACAAGACGGCCACGGCGAUCCGCGACUUCAAUGUGGGUGAGAAUCUACCCUUGAUGAUCUUCGCCAACUGGCGCGGCUUCUCUGGCGGCACCCGGGAUAUGUACGGAGAAGUGCUGAAGUUUGGUGCUCAGAUCGUGGAUGCUUUGGUGGAUUACAAGCAGCCGGUCUUCAUUUACAUCCCACCGGAGGGAGAACUGCGGGGCGGCAGUUGGGUUGUGGUCGACCCAGCCAUCAACCCUGACGUCAUGGAGAUGUAUGCCGAUCAGGACAGCAGGGGCGGCAUUUUGGAACCUGCUGGGAUCGUGGAGGUGAAGUUCCGCGCGCCGCAGCGCCGGGAGUUGAUGCACCGCUUAGAUGGGAAGCUUCAACAGCUCGAUGCGCAGCUGAAGGCCGGGCCGCGGCUCUUCUCUUCUCAGGAGAUCCAGCGAAGAGAAGAAAUGCUGCAGCCCCUCUAUACGCAGGUGGCCUGUGAGUUUGCAGACUUGCACGACCGUGCUGGGCGUAUGAAGGCAGUCGGUGUGGUGAGGGAAGAACUCCAGUGGAGCAGGAGUAGGGAGUUCUUCUACUGGCGCCUGCGUCGUGACUGGGCUUCCAGAGAAGAUGGCCUCAGCCAUCUGAACAGCCGGGAUGGCCUGAACAAUGUACCCCGGCUCGCCACCCAGGUCAGGGGUUGGUUGAAAGAAGACGCUGGAGGCAGCGUCCUGAGUGAUGCUCGAGCUGUGGAGCUUUUGCAGCAGAUAUCGAUGCAAGAAAAGGUCCGAGCGGUGCAUGCCAGAGCCUUGAAGAGGCAAUUCCAUGAGGAGGAGUUGGGCCGGGCAGGCGAACUGUCCAGGCUUCAAAGGCAGGAAGAGAUCGAGUCUUCGCGCGGAAGAUGUUUGAUGCCAUCUCCCCGUGCGCCCAAGAGCGCGCCUUCCGCGCACGUGCCGCCGCGGGACGUGCUGAAGGGCGGACGAGGCGAAUUGCCCGGCUUGCUGGGGAACAUAUCGGAUUUGAAGGAUUACGGAUUACCACGGAGUGCGAAUUGUUCGGAUGAGUGUGCCUACAGUGUAGGCCGGCCGACGCGACGCGCCCAUGUGUCGCCGGCCAUUUGGGUGGCCAUGCCCUUCUCCCUGGGUUGCGAGGAUCCGCCGAUGAAGUUCGCCCAGCCGGAGGCCUCCCGGGGCGACUUCGACCCCAGCGAGGCACCUUCGUUUUCGACAGUGGUAACCGGAGCAUUGGCUAUGCCGAAUCCAGGAGAAGCCUUAGGAGAUCCGGACAGACGUGAAGCUGACCUUGACGACGAUGAGGGGACGAGCACCGCGGCUGAGGUCAAAGGCAGAAGAGAGUGGACGGAAGAAGAGUGGAGAGAGUGGGAUGAGCGAUGGUGGCACGCUGGGCAGAGCGGUUGGUAUGGCUCUCCAUGGCGUGUCGAGCACGUGAAGGAUGAUGCAGGGGCAGCAUCCACAGCACCUCCUCAGUCGAAGACGGACCCUCCAGAUCCGUGGCAGCAGAGAUCGUAUGACCCAUGGUCCAGGCGGACAUCCGUGGCUACUGGACAAGCUGAUCAGCACUUCCAAGGAGCGUGGUCGACCUGGUGGGCAGGGGGCUAUCAGUCCAAGGGGGACUAUAGCGAUCCUCCAUCCUGGUCAGGUUGGAACAACUAUAGGUUGUGGCGAAGGGCACUCCUUCGAUGGAAUGCAAACACCGACGUAGCCAUCUGGAGGAGAGCUGAGAAGGUUCUCAAGACCUUGGACUGGGAUCUUCAGGCCAAGCUAGAUCAUCUUACCGAGACCACUUUGUCCAGUCCGUCCUACCUCACCGAGAUCCUCAGUGUUUUGGACAUCCUCUCUGGGGAGAAAGAAGACUCUGACCGUCGGAGAGCGGUCCGAGCUGCCUUGUUUGAAGGCGCUAGGAAGCCAGACGAAGGACUGGCUCAGUACGCCUUGAGGAGAGAGUCCCAGUUUGAGCUCGCGAAUCGGUAUGUCAGCCUUCCGGAGGACAUCAAGGGCAUCCUUCUUGAAGAGCAGUCUGGCCUUCCCAGACAAGCGAUGCAGAAUCUUCGAGUCUUGACCAAGGGUCAGCACUCUUACUCUGAAGUGAAGAAGGCCUUGCAGAUAUUGGACUUGGAUGAGGAGAGCAUGAUCAAGAGUGGCAAGACAAGCUACUUCGGUGGAGCUUCCGAGGUGGAGCAUUCCGAGUCCGACAUUGAUGAUGAGGAGAUCUUCCUGGCUUUAGAGGCGCAGGAGGUCGACGAAGAGGAAGCUUUGUGCCUCAUGGCCGACCUUCAGCAGGACCGAAAGAGAACCUGGAGGGAGAACAAGCUCUUGAAAGCCGCCAGGAAGAAGGACCGUCGACACUUUGACGAUCGGAGCUCCAGGCCGAGCCGGCCAUUCAACAGGAGAAAGAUGUCCAUCGAGGAGAUCAAGAAAGGAACUCGCAAGAGUGUCGAUAGAUCAGUCAAGAUGAACGCUUUUGCCUAUCUUGGAGUGGCAGAAGGCUCAGCGAGCUCACCAGCGUUCUUGGUCGGAGACUAUCUGAACUUCCAAUCCGCGAACAGCGGUUGCUUUUUGGAAGUGGCAGCAGGUCAUGCCAUCGUGGACCCUGGAGCUUCGCAAGACCUCAUUGGACUGCGAAGCUACGAGAAGCUUGAGAAGAGGCUGUAUGAAGUUGGUCUGAGAACCAUCAAGCUUGAGGAGUCCCCAUCCAAGGCUUCCGGGGUCGGAGGAGACGCAAAGUCUCUCUUCAUGGCCCUCUCACCUUGUGUUCUUGGCGGACAACCAGGUGUGAUCAAGCUGACCGUAGUGGCCGAUGACAUCCCACAACUUUUGUCCAUAGGACUGUUGGAAUAUGGGAAGGCCAUCAUCGACACCGGGAACAAUCGCAUUCGCUUUCAGGCUUUUGACACGGAGACCACCAUGAAGCGCCUACCUUCGGGCCACCGCCUCGUAGACAUUGCCGACUGGGACGGCAGUGAUUUUCCAAUCCCAGCCAAGUUGUCAGAGGAACUAGGACUUCCUCCUCGGGCCUUUAAUGUGCCCUCGUCAGAGCGUCGAGCAUACAUGGCGGCGAGCCCUGAGUCGGUCGAACUCACCAUAGAGCCCAAUCUGAGAAAGUCUUGCAUCAUGGCGUCUGCGGGACUGAUGACAUCACGAGCAAAGAAGUGUUCGCUCCGAGGCCGAUCGAGAGACUCUGGAAGAAAGAUGUUGAUUCUCUCUCGAGGACCAGGCUCCCUGGAAGCUCUCAACAUGAGGGAGCUGCCCCUCGAUGCGACGACGUCCAGGCCAGGACCAGCUGGCAUGGGACCAUACGAGACAGAGGACACCAGGAAGAUUCCACGACCUUCAGAGUGCUCCCAUCCCAAGGCCUACGAGGUCAAGGGUGCGAAUCAACACGGAACUUGGACCAGAUGCUCGAUGUGUCAGACCAAGUUGACCUUUGUCCGCUACAGCAAGGACAAUCCUCCUCCGGCUGCCCGCAUGACCAAGUCAGCGACGGUGGAGACCUAUGUGAGCAAGCCGGCACCUCGCACGCCGGGCGCUUCGAGCGGCUAUCUACCUCCACCCAUGAUGACUUCGGAGACCUCACCGCCGCCAGAUCUCAUGCCGGACAUCCAACGAGCGCUUCAGGGCCAGACACAGCAGCUGGCUCAGAGCACUGCUGCCGUGAUGUCUCAAGUCAUGUCUCCUGUCAUCGAGGGAUUUCACCAGGCUCUACGCUGUCAGGUGGAGGAACAGCAGAGAGCACAAGAGCGACAGGACGCCCAGAUGCAGCAGCUGUUCUUGGCACAGCAACGCAUCAUGCAACAGAACGACAUGACGAGGCAGCAGGGCGCCUGUUUCCCAGCUCUUUCCCCAGAAGAGAUCCAGCGGCUGCUUGCGCAGGGCUUUGCCGACACGAGGCGCUACAUGCAGCAGCAGGGGAUCAACGAGGACGAGGACUGGGAUGCCAUUCCGGAGACAUCUAGGAAGCUUGCCUCCUCGAUCAACCCCGAAUCUUGUUUUAUUGCUGAGCAAGAGGUUAACGGAACUGUUCGUGAGGUGUUUCUUUUGGAAGUUUCUGACUUGUCGGAUGAACUUGUCUGUCAUGACUAUCCUGAAGGUCGUGAGGCACAGCUGACUAGGAAACAUAAGAGGUUACUGUUGAAUUCACUCCAAGAUUUUUCCGCCGAAUUCGAUUCUUUUGCUGAUGAGAGUGUAGAUGUGGUGACAAGAACAGAUCAAGAGCCUGGGAGCCGACAAGAAAGGAAAGAAGAGCAUGAAGGCCAACAAGAAAAGAAAGAAGAUGGCUCGAGUCACGCAAAAAUAGAUGCGAGAUCUGAGGGCCAAGAGCGUCAUCGGUUCUGUGGAACUUCGGUGUCUGCAGAAAUUUCCAAAGACUCUCGCUCGUCCGUCCGAACCGAUCGCGUUCGACUACCUAGCUCGACAGAGCUUAGCGCCCAGGGUUUGAGCAACGUGCGAGCUUGUAGCCAUGGAUUUCUUUCCCAGAGCUUCAAGAUCAUGGAGGUUUUCUCUCCUCCUCGCGUGACCGAGAUGGCGAAACAGCGAGGAUUUCUCACCACAGAGCCACCCAACUUUGACCUCACCAACGGCUGGAACACUUUGCAUUUUGAGGACCGACGGCAGCUUUGGAAGACACUGGAAGAGCAAUCGCCCGAUCUAGUCCUUCUGAGCCCAGACUGCCGACUUUUCAGCGUGUUGAUGAAUGUGAACCUCAAGAGAAUUGCUGUCGAGAAGCUGACCAGAGAACAGAUGGAGGCGCUGACUAUGUGGCACCUCUGCAUUCAGGUCGCUAGCUUUCAGCUCAGUCGAGGCAAGUUCUUCCUCAUUGAACAGCCGGCCGGCGCCUCGUCAUGGGCUACUCACACGGUUGCAUGGCUGCUGAGACAAAAAGGAGUGCUUCGUUUUCUUUUUGACCAGUGUGAACUCGGACUGCAAGUGAGCGAUCAGGGUCUCUCACGGAAGGCCACUGGAAUCGUCACCAAUCACACCGGAAUUGCCUUCCUGCUUUCACAGUAUCAGUGCACCAAGACACAUCAUCACGUACAUCUUGAGAGUGGCCUGCCGAAGAAAGCGCAGACAUACCCUAAAAACAUGAUACAGGUCAUUCUCGACGGGCUGCGAAUUGGUGCAAGUGACUUCAUCGGAGUGCAGGUAGGGAGUCAGGAGCUUGUUGGCGAAGAUUCAGACUCAGAAGUCCCAGUGCCACAGCCGAGAACUCCAGGCACCCUGAACAAGGACAUGUCUCCUCUUCUGACCCCCGAGCAGAAGAAAAAGAUACAGCUGAUGCAUCUGAACAUGGGACAUCUUCCCAAAGAACAGAUGCUCUCCAUGCUCAAGGCAGCCGGUGCCAAGGAGGGCGUCAUGAAGUAUGUGAAGGACUCCUUCAAUUGUGAACACUGCAUGAGACAAAGGAGGCCCAUUGAGAGAAGACACGCAGCAUUGCCACGGACAUUCAUGUUCAAUAGAAUAGUCGGUGUGGACUUCUUGUAUCUCUCAUUUGAGAACCGAACUCAAGCCUUCUUGAACGUGAUCUGUCAGGGAACAAAUUAUCAACAAGUUGCCCAUCUCAAGAACUACGAGGGAGGAAACUCGAAGGCCGAGAGACACGGAGGUUGGGUGAAAGAGAGAGCAGAGAUGGAAGUGAAUUCGGGUCAGACCAUCCUCAGCAGCGUGGGUGAGCUUGAAGAACUCGUCAUUUGUAUGGUAGCCUGCAAGAACAGGUGGUUUUCUCGCGGGGGCUAUAGUCCCUCCCAGCUUGUUUUUGGAAUCAACCCCAGGGUGCCGACUGAGUUGCUCGACGAUGACCCAAUGCACGACCUGGGAUGGAGAGAGAUUGACACAGAUCCCUAUGACCAAGAUACGGCAGCCUCAGCCUUCACCAAGGCUCACCAUAUUCGCCACAGGGCUCGGCAACUGUGCAUUGAAGCAACCAGCCGGGACAAGAUCAAGAGAAGUUCAAGUCAAAGAGCACACAAGCAAAGAGAGUGGGCUGUUGGUCAGUGGGUCUAUGUGUGGCGUCGAUUUCCUGGCACUGGCCAGGGACACCUGACCAGAGCCAGAUGGACAGGUCCGGGCAUUGUCGUACUUCAAGUCGGGCAUACCGUCUGGGUAUCCAUGAGGGCAAGACUUUGGAAAUGCAACUCAGACCAGCUCAGGCCGGCUUCUCAUCAUGAGUCGAUCGGAGCAGAUCUAUCGCGCUCAGGAGAACUACAGGACUUGAUCAGACAGGGCAGGUCUGCUAAAGCGGGUGCCGUAGACGUCACAGCAGAAGGAACCCCAGAUGAAGAAGACACAACUUCCGAUCCAUCGCACGACCAGGUCGAGCCAAUGGUCUCACCAGCAGCUGACGUGCCAGCGGCGAUUCAACUGGAACCAACACCGUCCUCAGAAACACCCCCUGUGGAGACAACAUCUCUCCUCAGGAACAUCAGAGAGCCUCAAGCCGCAGUUCCCAUCGAGGAUGACAGAUCAGCCCUGGAAGACACCUCAAGCAUGUCAACCAUCAAGGAAGGCAGGAAGAGACCGACUUCAGCAGACGAGACAACAGCAAGCAAGAAGAAGCAGACCGCUCCAGUAGGUCGAACUACAUCGGCGUCAACCAGAUCCAAGAGACAGAUCUCUGAGACAGAACAUCUUGAAAGAGUUGCCCUGAGGACCAUGAAACGCAUGGACAGAGAGGAGAAGAUGAGAAGACUAAAAGAGACCUCCAGCGACUCAGCUGUCAACCCUCAGACAGCAGCAGCUUCGAGCGAUUCUGUCAAUGAGAGUGCGGUCCCCAACCAGCUGAAGGAGUUUCAGAACCAGUUCAAGGAAGAAGCUCCUCAGGACAAGAAAGACUUAGAGGAAGAUGAUGACCUCUUCGUCAACAGCAGUCAAGAGCCUCAACAGUUGCUGUCGUUCUUCGAGCUCAAAGCAGAGAAUAAGGUGCUCAUGGCUCGUCCCGCGAAGCCCAAGUCCCAAGAGUUCAACAUGCACGAGGCUACACCAGCAGAGAUGCGAGGCUUCAGGGAGGCCGAUGCUGCAGAAUGGAGAACGAUUCUCGAUCUGAACGCAGUCAAGAUCCUUAGUCAGGAGGACUCAAGACGUGUGAGAAAGGAAACACCUCAUCGAAUUCUCCCAUCAAGGUUCGUGCGCAGAAAGAAGCCUAUGCCAGGAGUAGGACAGUGGAAGUUCAAGAGUCGCUGGUGUGUUCUGGGUCAUUGUGAUCCGGAUAACGGCACCUACUCAACGUACUCUCCAAUGCCCACUACUGAGAGCAUUGCUGUUUUCUUUCAAAUUUGUGCCAACCUGAAACUUUCCAUCAGCUUCUGCGACGUCAAGCAAGCAUUUUGCCAAUCGGAACCACUCUGUCGACCACAAGGAGAGUUGUAUGUUGAAGCCUGCCCAGGUCUCGACUUGCCAAAAGACACGGUGAUACAAUUGAUAGCACCAGUGUAUGGCUUAGAAGACGCCCCUAUUCGUUGGCAUCAGACAGUGAUCAGCUACCUGGGAGAACUAGGGUUUCAAAGAUCCCUGCUAGAACCAUGCUGGUACUACAAGCGAGACAAUAGAGGCGACAUAGAAGCCAUGAUACUUGUGGAAGUCGACGACCUGAACGUCGCCGCUCGCUCAGACGUCAAAGAGUGGAUCUUGAAAGAGCUUAGUGAACGUUUUUUGUUUGGCAAGAUGGAGCAUGAUGAGGCUGAUUUCGCUGGAAGACAUGUCAAGGUCCUUCCUGACAGGAUAGAGAUGCACCAAGAGAAAUACAUUUUGGAGAAGAUCCAGCCCGUGAAAAUGACACCCGGCAGGAAAGCCGAGAAAGCCGAUCAGCUGACCUCAGAGGAGUUUGAAUUAUUUCGAUCCAUGCUGUACAGAAUAGCUUGGGUAACUCAUCAAACACGACCAGAGGCAGCCGGAGUGGUUAGCAUUCUUGCCUCCCGACUCAAGGAAGCCACCAUUCAUGACGUUUGCUGUUUGAACCGACUUGCAGCCCACUUGAGAAACACAGCGCAGCAGGUUCUCACCAUUCACUCAUUCAAGACCGAAGACAUGGUUUUGAUAGCAGCAUCCGAUGCCGGCGGUGUAGAUAGUUUGCCACCAUCGCCAGACAGUGCCAUUGACAAUGUACAAGGAGCAUGGGUGAUCAUGGCAGCCGGACGCAUGCCAAGCGCAUCACAGAACACCAAGGUGAGCAUUCUGAGCUGGCGGUCAUCGAAACUUCGACGAAGAGUGGCAUCGACCUUAGCAAGUGAAGCUCUAGCCUUUAGUCAGGCUCUCGCAGAAGUCGAGUGGGUGCAGAUCAUGAUCAGAGAUGUCAUGUAUGGCGAUGUUCUUAGACGGGAUUGGAUGCAGUCACUGAACCCCUAUGUUCCUGUUCUUAGGGAGAAUUGUGAGUUGCAUCAGAGGUUACAACAGUGUCAUGUGACUGAUGCGAAGAGCUUGUUUGAUUCCCUUCAGAAGAAGAGUCCAUCAUCCCGUCAAGACAGGCGCACCUCCAUAGAACUUAGCAUCAUCAUUGAAUCAAUGGCUAAGUCUCGUAGCGCAUUGCGCUGGGCACCUCACCCCAGAAUGAUAGCUGAUUCUCUGACGAAGGACGAUAUUUCCAAGACCAACGGAGCGCUAGAGGAUUUGCUCAGGACAUCAAAGCUGUCGCUCUGGGACGAAGAACACGAACUGAGGAUUCGUAAGGAAUCUCCGACGGCCAAGAAUAGGUCUCGGAAAGCCUCAGCCAGAUAUAGGGCCAAAGAGGAAAUGAACAACGUUUGCCCGCUCCGCCACCUGUUCGCUGUUGAUCAGCUCAAAGGAUGUUCGAGCCAGGACCUUGGCUUCGUUUUUCUGAGACUGACCAGAGCUGGGCUGAUGCAGCAAGCGCGUUUGGCAGAAAGCAACGGAUACACCCACGGAAGCAGUGCAGCCAGCAAGGCCAAGGAUGAGCUGCUGGAAUGUCGUUUGGGCACUGCUGCCGUUCGCAGAAUUCUUUCUCCGACCCCGGAGAUAGCUGAGUAA